CAGAAAUGGCGGCGUUCACUCUUGCAGCUAGUGGUGACCACUGGUUCUCGGCUUUGGCUCUCGGGGUGACUCUCCUCAAAUGCCUCCUCAUCCCCACCUAAUUUAUUUUAUUUGUGUGUUUGCAUGCCCCAUGUGUGAGGCUCCGUUUGAGGCCAGAAGAGGGAGUUAUAGGAUGUUGUGAGCAGCCCAGUGUGGAUCCUGUAUAAGAGCAACAAGUCCUUGUAGCUUCUGAGCCAUCUCUCCAGACCAAGAGUUCAUUGUCUAGUGAUACCAUAACUUUACUAGUUCCUCCAUUCCACGGAUUUUGAAGUACACCGAAAUUGGCUUGCUAUUACUCACAGUUUGCCAAUAUCUCAGUGGUAUUAUGAGGCAACUUCAGAGUGGACCUUGGAUUAUCCCCCCUUUUUUGCAUGGUUUGAAUACGCCCUAUCACAUAUUGCCAAAUACUUUGAUCAAGAGAUGCUUAAUAUCCAUAACCUGAACUACUUCAGCUCAAGAACAUUGCUUUUCCAGAGGUUUUCUGUCAUCUUGACCGAUGCACUCUUCUUUUACGCUGUUCAUGAGUGCUGUAAAUGCAUUGAUGGAAAAAAAACAAGCAAAGAACUUACAGAGAAGCCAAAGUUUAUUCUGUCUGUGCUACUGUUGUGGAACUUUGGGUUGUUAAUUGUAGACCAUAUUCAUUUCCAGUACAAUGGCUUUUUAUCUGGAUUAAUGCUGCUCUCCAUUGCACGGUUAUUUCAGAAAAGGCAUAUGGAAGGGGCAUUUCUCUUUGCUGUCCUCCUGCAUUUCAAGCACAUCUACCUCUAUGUAGCACCAGCCUAUGGUAUCUAUCUGCUGCGAUCUUACUGUUUCACUGCAAGCAAACCAGAUGGCACUGUCCGAUGGGACAGCUUCAGCUUUGUCCGUGUUAUUUCCCUGGGCCUGAUUGUUUUCCUAGUUUCUGCUCUUUCGUUGGGCCCUUUCAUAGCCUUGAACCAGAUGCCACAAGUCUUUUCCCGACUCUUUCCUUUCAAGAGGGGUCUUUGCCAUGCCUACUGGGCUCCAAACUUCUGGGCUUUGUACAAUGCUUUGGACAAAGCACUGUCUGUCAUUGGUUUGGAAUUGAAAUUUCUUGAUCCCAACCAGAUUCCCAGGGCCUCCAUGACAAGUGGUUUGGUUCAGCAGUUCCAGCAUACGGUCCUUCCCUCAGUUUCCCCUUUGGCAACCCUCAUCUGUACACUGAUAGCCAUACUGCCCUCUGUUUUCUGUCUUUGGUUUAAACCCCAAGGGCCCAGAGGCUUUCUCCGAUGCCUGGUUCUUUGUGCCUUGAGUUCCUUCAUGUUUGGGUGGCAUGUCCAUGAAAAAGCCAUACUCCUUGCAAUUCUCCCAAUGAGCAUUUUGUCUGUGGAAAAAGCAGGAGAUGCAACAAUUUUUCUGAUUCUGACCACGACAGGACAUUACUCCCUCUUCCCUCUGCUCUUCACUGCCCCAGAACUUCCCAUUAAAAUCUUACUCAUGUUACUGUUCACUGUUUAUAGUAUCUCUUCUCUGAAGACACUAUUCAGAAAAGAAAAACCUCUUUUUAACUGGAUGGAAACGGUCUACCUCCUCGGCCUGGGGCCUCUGGAAGUCUGCUGUGAAUUCAUAUUUCCCCUUACCUCCUGGAAGCUGAAGUACCCCUUCAUUCCUUUGUUGCUGACCUCCGUGUAUUGUGCAGUGGGCAUCACAUAUGCCUGGGCCAGGCUGUAUGUUUCAGUGUUGACUGGCUGUUUUGUCAGCAAGACAAAGAAGCAAUGAAUAAAGAAGCGUUUGGAUGAAAGCCAAGCAAUUACUUCAUGGGCUAUUAAUCAGAACUUGAAGAAAGUUGCCAGUAGCAGGAUCUAUUUAUUUAGUAGAUCUGUUUACGGACCAUUCUUCUACACUUGGCCUUGCCCUGCCUAGCAACCUGAUUGUUUCCAUGGUGAGAAGCCACUUGCCCUCUCUAAGCAGCAAAACACAUUUGAGAAAGCUCUUGCUUUCCUGUUAAAACAGUCUGCUGUGCCCACUGAAGGUGAACCAGGAGGUGAUUAACAGCAUAAUUUUCUGUAGCUGGUACUUACCAUUGUUAGGAUGUAAUGUAUAAUUAGAUUCUAUACCUAAAGAAUUAUAAAUAAAAUGCCAUUUUAUAUUUAUGUAUAAAAUAUCAAAAUGUUUUGGGUCAUUACUAACUCUUAUAUUUAUUUUCCUGUUUCCACAUGGGCAGAUGGUGUAUUGUCUCUGUUCUGUACACCUUGUUCCAGGAGUGUUGUUCGAAUUGAAGUGAUACAGUGAUAACACUCAACAAGCCAGGAGAUAUUUAAUGUAAUGCUUUGGCAAAGCCACAGAGACAGACCACAAUAAGAACCUCUAGUCAUUUCUCUCACAGCAAGCCCUGCAGUUUGGAGGAUACCGUGUAACCCAACCCUUCCUCUUGUGAACACAGAAGUCUUCAUUUAUUGUUUUUUUAA